AUGACUGAACUACAGUAUAUGGGCAGAAAAUAUACUUGGACAAACAAUCAUGUCUACAGUAAAAUUGAUAGAGCAAUAGUAAAUGGAGAAUGGAUGACCACAAUGCCAACAUUGCAAGUGCGAGUAAUGGAACCAUACUUCUCGGAUCACUCCCCUCUAAGCAUCCAAUUUGGAAGGAGAACAGACAAUGGAGGAAAACCAUUUAGAUUUUUGAAUUGCCUAGCGGAUGAUGGAAGGUUCAUUUCCUUGAUAAAACAGUGCUGGUGCAAAGAAGAAAAUUUGAGCAGCAUGGGCAGUAUUUGGGCAAAGCUUAAAGAGGUCAAGAAAGCGCUUAAGACCUUAAAUACACAGCACUAUAUGGGAGUAGAUAAGAAGUUGAAAUAUCUUAGGGACCAAUUAAAGGAAGUCCAGGAGAAGAUGGAUACCAACUUGAGGCAACAUGAGCUAAUUGAGGAAGAAAAAAAGCUGAAAAACCAAAUAGAGAAGUGGGAUUAUAUUGAAGAAAGUAUAUAUAGAAAGAAGUCUAGGGUGAAAUGGUUACAAUUUGGAGACUCAAAUUCAACAUAUUUCUUUGCAAAUAUAAAGGUUGUGCCAGCAAUACAAUUGCAAGUAAUGAAGCAGGGGCCAACUCUAAGAAGAAGUCAACAACUUAAAUUGAUUGCACAAGUAACAAGAGAAGAGGUAGAAAAAGCUCUAUGGGGGAUAGAUGAUCUGAAAGCACCAGGAUUAGAUGGGUUGAAUGAAUGUUUUUUCAAGAAGGCAUGGCCUGUCAUUGGAGAUGAAAUCACCAAAGCUGUCUUGCAGUUCUUUAAGAAAACAGACAUGUUCAAACCAAUAAAUUGCAUGGCAGAUGUGAUGGAUGAGCUGGUGGACAAUUCUCAAUCUGCGUUUGUCCCAGGUAGAGUCAUUUCUGAUAAUAUAAUCCUAAGCCAUGAAUUGGUGAAAGGCUAUGAGCGGAAAGGGAUCUCCCCAAGGUGUAUGAUGAAAUUGGAUAUGCAAAAGGCGUAUGAGUCAGUAGAGUGGGUAUUCUUGGAGCAAGUGAUUGAUGGUCUAGAAUUUCCGGGAAGGUUUACAAGGUGGAUCAUGCAAUGUGUGAAAACAGUAUCUUACUCAGUACUGAUAAAUGGUCAACCUUGCAAGCCCUUUGAUCCCAAAAGAGGCCUAAGAGGAGAUGUCAUCUCUGUCCAGCUCUUAUUUGAUUGCUUUCUAAAUUUUUCAAAGGCUUCUGGAUUAGUAGUAAACAAGCAGAAAAGCUCUAUUUACUUUGGUGGGAUUCCUGAGAUUACUAAAAUGGCAGGGGAUAAGAAGGAGACAUAUGGGAUGGAGUAUGGAGCAACAAUAGGCCGAGAGAUAUGCUAG